ACAAGGCAGCGCGGAGCUGCCGCCGGCCGGGCCCAUCCCGCCGCAACGGCCCCUGGGCCGAGCAGGGGCGAGGCGCAGAGGGAGCAGCACCAAGCGGGAGCCAGAGCGCGGCCAGAAUGGUGCUGGAAGGAAACCCUGAAGUGGGGUCUCCCCGAACCUCAGAUCUCCAGCACCCGGGGAACCAGGGCUCUUGUGUGCUGUCUUCUCCUGGUGAAGAUGCACAGCCAGGGGAGGAGCCCAUCAAGUAUGGCGAACUCAUCGUUCUGGGCUACAAUGGGUGUCUGGCAAAUGGGGACAAGGGCCGCCGCCGAAGCCGCCUGGCCCUGAGUCGCCGGCCACACGCCAACGGAGUGAAGCCAGAUGUCAUUCACCACAUCUCAACGCCGCUCGUCUCCAAGGCACUGAGCAACCGGGGCCAGCACAGCAUCUCCUACACACUGUCCCGGAGCCACUCGGUCAUAGUUGAGUACACUCAUGACAGCGACACAGAUAUGUUCCAGAUUGGCCGCUCCACGGAGAACAUGAUUGACUUCGUGGUGACAGACACGUCCCCUGGGGGAGGGGCUGCUGAGGGCCCCUCUGCCCAGAGCACCAUCUCCCGAUACGCCUGCCGCAUCCUCUGUGACCGCCGGCCACCCUAUACUGCCCGCAUCUAUGCCGCUGGCUUCGAUGCCUCCAGCAACAUCUUCCUUGGAGAGCGGGCAGCCAAAUGGCGGACCCCCGACGGGCUGAUGGACGGCUUAACCACCAACGGGGUCCUGGUGAUGCACCCAGCAGGCGGCUUCUCUGAGGACUCGGCCCCGGGUGUCUGGCGGGAGAUCUCGGUCUGUGGGAAUGUGUAUACUCUGAGGGACAGCCGCUCGGCACAGCAGCGGGGGAAGCUGGUGGAAAACGAGUCCAACGUGUUGCAGGACGGCUCCCUCAUCGACCUGUGCGGGGCCACGCUGCUGUGGCGCACGCCGGCGGGGCUGCUGCGGGCGCCCACGCUGAAGCAGCUGGAGGCCCAGCGGCAGGAGGCGAAUGCAGCCCGGCCCCAGUGUCCCGUGGGCCUCAGCACCCUGGCCUUCCCCAGCCCGGCCCGCGGCCGCACGGCACCCGACAAGCAGCAGCCCUGGGUGUAUGUCCGCUGCGGCCACGUCCACGGCUACCACGGCUGGGGCUGCCGGCGAGAGCGGGGCCCCCAGGAGCGCGAGUGUCCCCUCUGCCGCCUUGUGGGGCCCUACGUGCCCCUGUGGCUCGGCCAGGAAGCUGGCCUCUGCCUGGACCCUGGGCCGCCCAGCCAUGCCUUUGCACCCUGCGGCCACGUCUGCUCUGAGAAGACUGCCCGCUACUGGGCUCAGACGCCACUGCCCCAUGGCACCCACGCGUUCCACGCCGCCUGCCCCUUUUGUGGGGCCUGGCUCACCGGCGAGCAUGGCUGUGUCCGCCUCAUUUUCCAGGGGCCACUGGACUAGGCCCCCUGGGGCCCCUUGCUGCCACGCCUGCCUGCCCGCCUGGGUCCCCCACCUCCAGGGAGCUCUGCAUGUGAGACUUUACCUGCUGGCUCAUCGCCAGGCCAGAUGGACGCGUUGGGUGGGCGGUGCCCUUUCCCUCCUAACUUGGGCUCCAGCGGGGGUCCCUGGACCCUCACCCCAGACAGAAUGAUGGGGCUCUCAGCACCAACUCUGUCCUGGGCUGAUGGAGGGAGGCCCAGCCCUAUUGCCCCAGCCCUUCUAGGGGCAUCCCACAUCAUGCCGCCUACACUGUGCCCCUGGGGGAAUGAAGGGGCCAUGGGUCCCUGACCCCCAGCUUAGGCUGGCUGUGCCCUGAGCCUGCCAACCCAGAUCCAGAUAAUCACCCUGACGCUGCUGCCCUGGGUUCCUCUAUAAACCUGCUGCUCAGCUGCCCUCAAGAAUCCGCGUGUCCCGCGUGCGUGCAGUGCCUCCAGCCCCCGAGUGAGUGUCAGGUGGGCGGCAGGCUGGGACCGACAUCUGCGGAUACCCACUGGGGGCUGGCCUCCUUGCCAAGUGUUAUCUGGGGACACAGACCUGGUUCCCUGCCUGAUAGAGUUCCCAGUAACUGAAUGACAGACCAAUUACUGGAUGAUAGCAUGGCUUCCUGUGUGCUAGGAUCAGAGAGCCAUCAGGAGUUGUGAGGCUGGUCUCACGGGUGGCUAGAAAAGUGAGAAGUGAGAGGGGCUUCACUGCAGAGGCUUAAGGGCUCUGCCUUAGUGGCCUGCUGGGAAUCCCUACAGAAAAGGGGGUGCUCUAGGCAGAAAGGGGGCUGAGGACAGGCUCAGGUGUAAGUAUGCAGGGAACUGGGUGAGGGGUUCACAGUGGCUGAAGCAUGGGCUGCAGGGGGCAGAAAGGAGGCUGGAAAAGAGGUUGGGGCCGUGCUGACAGGGAAGAUGCUGGGUGGAGGUUUGGAUCCUCAUUUCUGGACAGUCAGGGGUCGAGGAGAGGGAGAGGACUCGCUGUCCAGAGCGUUGGCUGUCACACAAGGGCUACCACCAACUGAAUGCCCACCGCGUGCCCUGCACUGUGCUAAUGAUGAUAAUAACUACGUUCACUGAGCACUCCCCAGCCACCAGGCUCUGCUUCUCAGAGGUUUUAUUUAAUCCUCACAGUGACCUAGGGAAGGAGGUGUUACCAUUUCUGUUUACAGGGAGAUUAAAGAACACGAUCCAAGUCA